UGAAGUAGUUUGCCAAUGCCUUGUAAUGAUGCUACAGUAACUGUUCGUACAAGUAUUAUAUUAGUUUAAUUUCAUUCAUUGGGCACAUUUGAACGAUACGUUUGGUCCACAUUUAAUUCUUGUAUCAAUUUUAGCGCUUGUGGUUAUGGUUUGAGAUAGCCUUAGAAUUUGUGGCUUAGGAGGGCAAUCAUGGACUGCAAGGGAACUAGUUGGGUGAAAAAAGAGAAGAAUGAAAUAUAUGCUGAACCAGAAUCCUUGUGUCUUGAAGAUAACUUGGGAAUCUCUUAUCCAAAUGAUUUUAUCAUGGAGGAUCCUGAACUAAAUUUGGAGGUGGCAGCCUCAAUAAGAAAAUCAUCUGAUAGUUUAAGUUUCAUUCAAAGUGCUGGUGACAGCUGUGACAUUUCAUAUCAAGAAACAUUGCAUCAAGGAGUAGUCAAUGACAAGCUGGAGAGAUAUGCAGAGAAGUCAACAGAUGGCAGUGUGUCUCACAACUGUACCAAAGUACAGACUUCACAAGAAGACGGCUUAUGUGGCACAAGAUUAAGUUGUAGCAUCAGGGAAAAGGAAUUCCAUAAGUUUAACUGUAGUUUCUGCCUACAGAGCUUCCCUUCAAAAUACAGACUCAUAAUGCAUAUCUUCAUCCACAUUGACGGUGUGCAGGCACCUGCAUUUGUGUGUAAGUCAUGUGGUGAGGUAUUGCCCACUGAUGACUGCUUGAAAGAACAUUUGAGAAUGAGGGAGGGUGACCAAGCAUUGUCUGCUACCAACAGUGAGAAACUUGAAUGCAGUGAUGAUCAUGAAAACAAUAUCUCCUUAGAGUGUGUACAAGAAGGAAUCGUGGAACAGACUGAGGAGCCCACUUCAUACAAGGUACCCAGGAAAACUUUUAAAAAAUCCUUUAAUGACAUACGUAACACACAUACUGUGAAAGAAGCUGAAGAGAAACUUGACAGAUGUAAUGACUGUGGAAUUUUAUGUACAAGUGACCAUGUUCAUGUCCACACUGUGCUAAGUGCAAAGAGACAUCACAAAUGUGAUGUUUGUGGUAAAAUGUUUACUCUGUUAUGCAAUCUUAAGAAACACAGAUUAAUGCACACUGCAGAGAGAACCCACGAAUGCGAUAUCUGUGGAAAAUCAUUUACUGCAAGAGGCAGUCUCAAGAAACAUGAAUUAAUACACACCGGACAGAAUCCACACAAAUGCAAUGUCUGUGGAAAAUCAUUUACUCAGUCGGGCCAUCUCAAGAACCACAUUUUAAUACACACAGGAAACAGACCACACAAAUGCGAUGCGUGUGCAAAAUCGUUUACUGAAAGGGGCAGUCUCAAGAAACACGAAUUAAUACACACUGGACAGAGACCACACAAAUGCGAUGUCUGUGGAAAAUCAUUUACUCAGUCGAGCAGUCUCAAGACCCAUGUGUUAAUACACACAGGAGAUAGACCCCACAAAUGUGAUACUUGUGGUAAAUUAUUUAAUGUAUUGAGUAAUCUCAAGGCCCACAAGUUAAUACACAGUGGAAAGAGACCCUACAAAUGUAGUAUUUGUGGAAAAUCUUUUACUCAUUGGGGCAGUCACAGGAAACACAAAUUAAUACACACUACAUAGAGACCAUUCAAAGUAUUGUUGAGGUUUGUAGACCUACACAUGUUGAUAGAAGACCACACGUGUUUUAUUAAAAUUGUUCGCAUGUGCUACAGAGAGGUCACAAAAAAUGACAAAUCCAUUUCCGCAGCUUCACAUUUGAAGAAGUUACAUACAAAAUACAACAUAUGAAGCACAAAAUUGUGAUUUUUUGUUGCAAAUGCUCCAUGCUUUAAUUGUUCGGGCUACCCAAAAUUUGUGCAUUGAGAGGUAUCUUUUACUCGUUUGAGAAGUAGUUUUGUGCAGUUAUCAGGACCCUAUAUUCUUCAAGAGAAUGUACCAGUAUGCUGCUAAUUAUUUGAAAGAAACUGCCAUUUCAAUCCUCAUGAAGCUGUAUCCACUACCCAGGCGACAGCAGAAAUAUGUUUAUUACACAUUCAUAAUGUAGGAUAUUUAUCUCAAGAAUGGAGAAAGAUACAAAAAUCUCUUGAUUAUGUGAACAUAUUAUUGAGGUAUGCCUCCUUAAUAGUAUUGCUAUUUGUGUGAUCAAUAAUCUGCACACAUGUGAA